AUAUGGAAAAAAUGGAUACAAAAGCAAAAUAAGUUGCAUACUUUUGAUGACGAAGAAUUGUUAAAACAAUUGUUAGUAGAAUAUGAAACAGAAGAAGAAAUGAAAAAAAAUAUGGAAACAAUAGAUAGAGAAAAAAUAAGAAUAGAUAUAGAAAAGAAGGAUAAAGCAUUUAAGGAUUCAAACAAAAAUGAAUUAAUAUCGAGAUUAAGGAUAGAGAUACACAUGAUGGUAUUAGAUGAAUGCAAAAAAGAGGAAUGGAUAAGGAACAAAAAAGAAUUUUUUAAAAUAUGCAUAGGAGAAUUAAAAUUACAGGAUAAUUCCGAUGAAAAAGAACUUUUAGAAGUGGAAGAAGAAAUAAUGAAAAGCAUUACAUUAAAAGAAAAAAAAAAGGAAUUAGAGAAAUUUAAAAAAGAAAAAUGCUUUAUUGAAUUGAAGCAAGAAUGGAUGAAUAAUGAAAAGAAAUAUAUAGAAGAAGUGAAUAAAGAAAACUUAUUAGGAAAUAAUGAAGAGAGAGUUGAAAAUCCUAUGCUACAAAAGCAAAAGAUUAUAUGGAAGAAACAUUGGGAAGAAAUGCAUGAGAAGUUAAAGAAGAUUAUAUGGAAGAAACAUUGGGAAGAAAUGCAUGAGAAGUUAAAGAAUGAAAAUAAAAAUGAAUCCUUUAUAAAGUUCAUGGACGAGUACAAUAAAAAAGUCAUUAAAAAAGAAGCAGAUGAAAUUAACGUAGUAGAAAAAAAUAUAAAAGAGGAUGAAAUUGAAAAAGAAAAAAAAAAAGAAGAGUACAUACAAUUAGAGAAAAAAGAGGAAACAAAAAUGAAACAUAUGGAAAGAAAGGUAGAAGAAGUAAGAAAAAGGAGUAAUUAUAUGACAUUGAGAAAGAAGCCGAAGAGAAAAACUAUAAUAGAAAUACAUAUGGUAAUAAUGCAGGAUUGUAAACAGGAGGAAUGGGAAUUAAACAGAGUAGAAUUUUUAGAAAUUUGCUUGAAUGAAUGGUUAAAAUGUGAGGAUUUAACUGAAGACGUAAUGGACAAAGAAGUUAUGAUGAAAGGAGAAAAGGAAUGUAUUGAUGUAUCAUUAGAAAAACAGAAGAUGUUAUCGAAGAAAUGGAUAGAAAGACAAAGAAAGAUGUUGGAAAAGUGGAAAAAGGAAGAAUGGUUUAAAAAUUUGAAAGAAGAAUGGAAAAGGGAGGAAAAUAUGUAUACAGAAACAAAGGAUAAAUUAGAAUUCAUGGAUAAACAAGAUAAAAUAGAGAGUAAUCCUACAUUAGAGAAGAAAAAAGAAAUAUGGAAGCAAUGGUUACAGAGACAAAGGAAGGUAUUUAUAGAUUAUUAUAAGGAGAGAUGGUUUACAGAGUCGUUAGAAGAAUAUGAGAAGGAACAACAUGAAUUUAUAAAAGAAAAAAAAGAAGAAAGCAUAGAAGAAAAAAAAAAUAAUUCAGAGAAGAAGAAAAGAGAAUCAGGAAUAAUAAAGGAGGAAGUAGAUAAGAAAGUAGAGAAGGAAAGGUUAAUAUCUAAUAUGUGUGCAGAGAUACAUAUGAUGGUAUUAGACCAAUGUAAAAAGGAAGAGAUAGAGUUCAUGACAAAUGAGUUUCUUAAAUCAUACAUAGAACAAAAGAAAGAACAUGAAGUAUCUUGUGAACAAGAAAUGGAAAAUAAGAAAGUAGAUGAAAUAGAAAAAGAAAGGGAAAUGAAUAUUAUGAUAGAGAAGAAAAAAGAAAAAUGGGAGUGUUGGAAAAAAGAGGAAUGGUUUCAGGAGUUGAAGUUGAAUUGGAAAAAGGAAAUGAUACAUAUGAAAGAAACAACGGAUAAUAUAAGAGAAGAAGUAGUAAAUCCCAUGUUGAAAACACAAGUAAUUGAGAAACAGUGGCAAGAGAAACAAAGGAAUAUUUUAAAGAAACGGAACAAACAAAAUGUACAUGAAAGAUCAAUGAAGAAGAACAAAGAUGAAGAAGCGAUAGAGGAAGAAAAUGAUGAAGGCGAUUUAAAAAAAUGGGAUAUUACAAUACUAUGA